GAUGUGUGCAGGCCGCCACUGCCAUCCCGUCGAAGACAGCUGCCUCGUUGUAGCCAUCAUAAGUGCGAUUGGAACUGGGCUCGUGUUGCUGGCCACCAUUAUUGUGGGUAUCCUGGCUGCUACGGGCCUCAUCAUAUUAUCGAAUGCACGUAACUAUGAUCCAGAUUACCGUGAAUUUAAUCAGGCGGUUGUUGGCAUGGCUGGGAUCGCCAUUGGUGCGGUACUCACUGUUGUGGGAGUGGCCUCCUUCAUCGCUUUCAUCUUCUCGGUGCUGCUUUGCAAUGGAAUCUGUAAGCGCCGUCCAGGACAAGUGAAGGCCUACUUCAUAUACGGAGUCCUGAUCACAAUAAUCACAAUCAUCGCCUCUAUUGUUCAAAUGGUCAGCCAAGACGACCCUACUCCUGGCAUAGGCGGAUUACUUGGUUGUGUGAUCUACGCUGCAUUCCUGACGCUGGUGCACGUUACGUACAGCAAGCUUUGCGCGGGCGCAGUAUUCAAAGAUCACAUCCGUCUGUCAGAAGAUUAUUAACACCACUCUUUCGGGUCAUAAAUGGACAGAACACUGGCACUUCUGAACGCAAAAAUUUGCCAUUAUUUUACUUACGGAAACAGAAACGAAAAAUGAUAAAACUGAAUCGGUGUGUGACCCUUAUGCUCAUGUGCUUAUGUGUAAUUUUAAACAGCUUUUACUGUUUGUUAGUAGCUAUAAGUGUAUGUAAGAUGUUAAACUGUCCUUUUAGUUAUACAGGGAGAAUAUAUAAUAAUAAAUUAUCUAAGAGUACUUAUAUACAGAUAUUGUCCAUUCCAUAUAUUAUAUUAUUCGACCGCCUAAAAUAUGAUGAGCCCCAGAUGGCGUAACUGAAUAUGCGCUGUUGCCGACUAUGGAAACUAGAUGGCGCUAAGUGUCACAUCGAAGUAAAAACACUUCUAAGAUAAUAUCAUAUAUAAACAUCAGCCAUAUUGAUCUUUGAGCACGUUUUUACGCGAUUUUUAAUAUAUUUUCAAAUAAUUACCGUUUGCGGUUACCAGUUAUAGAGAAACAAAGAACCAGGUAUAAAAAAAUAUUCAACCAAACCUUACGGACGUCUAACAUAUCUUUUAUAAGUACCUACUAGCUAUAGUUGGUCAAGCCAAAUUGGCAGCAGUAAAUAAGAACCACAAAAACUAUACUCAUCCUUUUCUUUUGGGUGCUAGUACUAGUGUAAGACAAAGAUAGUAUGAUUCUCUCUGUCCAUGUUUCAAAUGAGACAGUCCUUUGACAAACUAUACUAACUUUACUAGUAAGGCUAGACUUAGAUACGUACCUAUUUUAACUAUUUUUUUUACUAACUAUUCCAACGUUAGGUUUACAUUAUAUACCUGUAGGUAAUCAAAUAUAUUGUAAUUGUCUCUUUUUUAUUAAUACUAGAAUAAUUGAAACCACAGACCGAUAAUAUUCGUAAGUACUUUGUCGUUUUGUGGUUUACGACCAAAAAUUUAACUUUUAUACGGCCAUUUAAAAAAACGUGUCUGUCCUAAAUAUUGUAGACUAAACUUAUAUCCCAAAUACUAAAAUUGAUCUGUCUUUUUAGUAAAAAAAAUGAGAUUAUUGGGUAAAGAAAGGACGCUUACCACGAGGAAUUUCUUACAUUGACCCACCUGUUUUUAUCUUUAUCGCACGCGUUUUCGGUAUUUAAGAUGGGAAUGCGCUCUUUUCUUGAAGGUUUGAAGGACGUAUUGUCUAAUAGAACUGUUCUAAAGUUUAGGAUAUUAAAAAAAAACAUCAGUCAUACAGAGGUAGACAUGUUUUUGUAAUAUGGUCUUUUAUUAGAUAUAAGAUAAGAUAAUAAGCAAAUAAAGUAAAUUCCACACCGGA